GAGCAAGUUAAGGCUCAGUCCACCGCCUGCGUGUGAGGACCGAGCUCAGCACAGAUUCUGUCAAUGAAAUAGUUGCUGGAUUUGAUGAGCUGCUGUGGAACUCAGUGAAAACCUUUAGCGUGAGAAAUGGCUCCGAAAAAGGGGAAGGGCGGUGAUGUCCCAAAGCCUCCGCCGCUAAUUGGAAGAUUUGGGACUUCACUGAAAAUAGGAAUCGUUGGCCUGCCCAAUGUUGGGAAGUCAACCUUUUUCAACGUGCUCACAAAGAGUCAGGCUGCAGCUGAAAAUUUCCCCUUCUGCACCAUUGACCCAAAUGAAAGCAGAGUGCCCAUUCCAGAUGAACGCUAUGAUUUCCUCUGCCAAUUCCACAAACCUGCCAGCAAAAUCCCAGCUUUCCUUAACGUGGUUGACAUUGCCGGGCUGGUGAAAGGCGCUCACGCCGGCCAGGGUUUGGGAAACGCCUUCCUGUCCCACAUCAGUGCCUGCGAUGGCAUCUUCCACAUGACGCGUGCCUUCGAGGAUGAGGAUAUCAUCCAUGUGGAGGGGACGGUGGACCCAGUCAGGGAUAUGGAGAUCAUCCACGAGGAGCUGAGGCUGAAGGAUGAGGAGAUGAUCGGCCCUAUUAUUGACAAGCUGGAGAAGACGGCCAUUAGAGGCGGUGACAAGAAACUCAAACCAGAAUAUGACGUUAUGUGCAAAAUAAAGAGCUGGGUAGUGGAUGAAAAGAAACACGUUCGCUACUAUCUCGACUGGAACGACAAGGAGAUCGAAGUGUUGAACAAAUACUUGUUUUUGACAUCCAAACCAAUGAUCUACCUCGUUAAUCUCUCCGAGAAAGACUACAUUAGGAGGAAGAACAAAUGGCUGGUGAAAAUCAAGGAGUGGGUGGACAGUCACGACCCCGGCGCCUUGGUCAUCCCCUUCAGCGGAGGCCUGGAAAGCCAGCUACAGGACAGCAGUGAAGAGGAGAGAGAGAAAUACUGCACAGAGCACAAGACGCAGAGCGCCCUGAGCAAGAUCAUCAAGGCAGGCUACGCCGCCCUGCAGCUGGAGUACUUCUUCACCGCCGGACCAGAUGAGGUCCGCGCAUGGACCAUUCGGAAAGGAACUAAGGCUCCACAGGCUGCGGGGAAGAUCCACACAGACUUUGAGAAGGGCUUCAUUAUGGCGGAAGUAAUGAAAUUCCAGGAUUUUAAAGAGGAAGGCAGUGAGAGCGCUGUCAAGGCAGCUGGAAAAUACAGACAACAAGGAAGAAACUACAUUGUGGAGGAUGGAGACAUCAUCUUUUUUAAAUUUAAUGCACCAAACGCACCAAAGAAAAAGUGACACCGGAACAAUGUGUUUGUUUACAUAACUGACUCUAUUGUCGCUAUUUUUGGCCGUUACACACUGCCACUUUCUCACUUUUUUUUUUGUUUUCCACCCUGUAGGAUCGAAUCCCUCCUUGUGUGCCAAAGCACAGGUUCAGUAAACUCUGACAGCUUUGCUAUUUAAGAUCAGGAUCGCCCCCCACUCCAAAUUGUAGCAGCAUUUGAAGGAGCAUAUUACUCUCCAGAUACUUCAUUAAUCUCCAUCACGGGUGCCAACACUGACACAGCUGACAGCGGGGACAAUGCCACCUGCUCCUCUCCCCCUUCUGCAGAUAAUGCAUGUUUUACAGUAGCCCAGAUGUCUACACUCAAUAAAACAUUU